CAGACCACGCCCUCCGUACCUGCGGGGUAGUGGUCUGGUGUACUGAGCUUGGCAAAGUUGUUCAAAGGCUGACCGUCGGCUUGGUCAGUGAGAACUACGUCAGACCAAUAAAGCUAAUGAAUUAGGCAUAAUUAAAAAUGCGUGGUCAAAAUCAUUUUGACCGCGCCUAUUUAUAAAAUGGAAGAUAAGCUAGAAAAGUGUGUUUUAGAAGCUGCCAGUCGUUUUGGGUUUUCUUUGAAAGAAAAACAGCUUGAAGCUAUUAUGACUUUCAUGUCUGGCAAUGAUGUGUUUGUGUCACUUCCUACAGGAUAUGGAAAGUCUUUGAUAUAUGCACUUUUACCUGUAGCAUUUGAUUUAUUCAAAGAACAAUAUGGCAGCAUUGUUAUCUGUGUCAGUCCUUUGGUAUCCCUCAUGAUGGACCAGAAAGCAAAGUUUUUACUGAUGGGCAUUGUUGCUGAGUUUGUAGGUGAAGGUCAACUUGAUUCGACUGCAAUAGAGAAGGUGCUUCAUGGAGAUAUCCAACUGCUAUACAUCAGUCCGGAAAGUUUGAUUUGCAAUCCCAUGUAUAGGAACAUGCUGUUAUCUCCUAUAUACAAAAAUAAAUUGGUUGCAUUAGCAACAGCAACUAAACAUACUUUUCGUAUUGUCUGCCAGAGUUUAUCUCUGAGGGAACCAGUUUUAAUAGGGUGUUUACCUGAUCGAAGUAACAUAUAUUAUGAAGUGCAACCUCUGCCUGAAAUAGAAGAGUUCUGUGAGGAGAUAGCCAAGGAACUGAAGGAAAUGGGUAUGGAAUAUCCUAAGACUAUAAUCUUUCAACAGAACUAUAGCGAUUGUCAAGUUAUGUACCGUAUACUGUCACGAAAGUUAGGACCUUAUAUUACAUUCCCACCACACCACCCAAAGCAUCUGGAAUUUGCUAUGGUAAUGAAGUAUACACGGGCAUCUACUGUAGAAGUAAAGGAGAGCGUUUUAAGGUCUUUUAGUGAUCCGAAAGGAAUAUUGCGUAUUGUACUGGCGACUACUGCCUUCGGUAUGGGGGUUGAUGUUGCUGAUGUCCGAGUUAUUUAUCACUGGCGUCCUCCUUCCAGUCUAGAACAGUAUGUUCAGGAAUCAGGCAGAGCAGGACAUGACAAUAAGCCAUCUAAAGCUAUUCUACUAUAUGGAAAGCCUAGCAAAUUUGUAGAACAAGGAGUCAAAGAUUAUGGAAACAACAAAACCAAAUGCUGCAGGCAAUUGUUACUCAACGAUUUUUUAUUUGUUAUGAAUCAUGAUUCAACUGAUAAUGAUAAUAAUAAUUGUUGUGAUGUAUGUAUAAAGCUGUAAAUUAUUGAAUUUUAAAUGAAGUUUGGAAUGAUGCGUUCAAUAAUCCAAUCCU